AUGCUUCUUUCAAUAUUAUUACAAACAACAUAUUACCAAGAUACAUUAGUUGUUUGCAGUAAGAGCACUCAAUGCACUAUUGAUUUUUUGAGUUAUAUUUCCGAUCAACGACAAAAUGUUAGCGUUGGAUCAAAAGAAGUCGAGGUCACUCUUACAAAUCUCCCAGAUGACACAAGUUUUGGUCUUGUUGGCAAUGUAGUCAAAAUUUUAGAUAUAAAGAAUUCCAAAAACCUGACACUCACUCCGAACUACAAAACAGUAGUCAAAAUAACAACCAGGGAAAACACUCGUUUAAGUUUUUAUAGCUUAUUUGUUUCAAAUCUUGUUCGAACCAUCGAUUUUCGCAUAAUUACGAAUAAUAACACAAGUAUCCAUUACUUACCUACAGUGUGGGGAGUAAUUACGAGGAUUUUUCAGAUAAACACUAUUGGAAUUUUGAAUUUGAUAAUUGAAUGCCAAAAUAUCCCAGUUUCCAUAAUUCAACUUCCUGGAUCUACAUUAAACAUCAAUUCAACACGUGUUUAUGCAGUGCUUGAUCAUUUAAUUAUACUUAAUGGGGAUAUGAAUAUAAUUUCCAAGCAGAAAAACGCCGAAUUCGUAAUCAAUUACCUUAACAUAGCUGAUACAAACUCAUCGAUAGUAGGCUCAAUAUCAAAAUUAACUUCUUUAGUUAUUAAACUAAAAAAUUCAACAGUAUAUGCUUCAAACAUUGAUUUCAAUGUAAUUAGGCAAAUUACUAUCGAUGAUACAUCAAUCUUAUCUUCGAAAUGUCUUAGAUCUCAAAAAAUUUUUAUAAAUUACUUAACUAACAUUUUACCAAAUAUUUAUGCACAAAACAUAGACACAAAUGAAAUAAUAAUCAGUUCUGAAUCAUUUGUCAACGAUUCUACAAAACAGAUUGCGAAAUAUUCCGAAAUUUCUGCAAAUUAUGUAAUUAGAAUCAUGAUUAAAGGAAUAUUCAUAAGACCAAUACAGGAUAUCGAUAGUGAUGACAAUAUGAUAACAGUUCACAUAGAGAAAACAAAUUUCACUGAAUUACAAAAAUUAAUUAUUCAUAUUACAGAAAACAAAGAGAAUUGUGAAGGUUCUGAUAUCUGUGUACCAUAUAUUGAGAAUGAUACAGUAUUCGAACCCUAUUUUGGCUACGUUAUUCCAGUUCAUUUCAGAAUAUUAGAUAAUUUUUCUUUUCCAAUCAAAAUUCCAUCAAUAUUUCCACAUAUAUUAGUUUAUUGCCCAAACAAUGAGUUCGGACCACAAAUAGAAAUUGAUGCUUUCAAUUCAUCAGAUUUUGAUUACGCAACUGUUAAUUUAAACAAUGUAGAACUACUUAACAUGCCAAGUUCAAUUAAUAACUCAUUUAAUUUCUCAUUAAUUUUAACAAAUUGUUUGAUUUCAAGUAAUAAUUUGAUAAAUUGUUGGCACACGAGUUUAACUAAUGCAAAUAUCAGCAGGAUACGCGAUUAA